AUGUCUGUGUGCUGGAACGAGCACGUGAUUAAGGCUUCGGGAGGAGGCGUGUUUUGUGUAUAAGUUCUGCGCGCCAGCGGCGCAUAAAAAAAAAAAUUUCCUAAACCAAAUAACACUGGCGAGAAAGAGCACGCAAAUGAUAUGUAGACUCUAUGUGUGUUUCUCUGUUUGUGCUUACUCUCCCAUGUCUGUGUGCUGGAACGAGCACGGUGUGUGAAACUCAAGGUUUUACGUCAUGAAUAUCGGUCCUGGAUUAACAUGUUGUAGUCCCCAACCUCAACCCACACUACCCCGGGAAGGGGCGGUAGCCUCGGCCGGAAGGCGCGGAGGCAGCUAACUUGCAACGGCGGAAGGGAGGAUCGAUCGUGGCAGAAGUGUGCGGCAUGAAGUGAGAGACUUGGUGAUCGGGAUCUCCAGAGGAGAAAGUGAGAGACUUUGUGAUCGGGAGCUUCAGUGGGGGAUGACCGAUGGUUGCAACGACGCAGCUCUGGAUCUACGCGCGGUUCAGGCACGUUUGUGAGAAUUAUUGUGUUUGGGUUAUUUCUAGGUUUGGUUUUGUUUUGUUUGUCGAAAACCAUGAGUUUGAGAACUGUGUCGACGUAGACUUAGAGUUGCGUUGCGCAUGGAUGGUUGGUUACAUUGUGAUUUUCAUAUGUUGGGCAUUGAGUUUGGAUAAUCUAAGAAUUCAGCACGCCGAAUGGUUCAGUUGAUAUCGUUGGACCACUGCUAGCACUGCUGUCGAAAAUCAUGGGGGGGGAUGGAUGUGAUUGUGAUGCCAUGGUACUCGUCGCAGUACAAGCAGCGUUCUAGCAGACGUUCGGGUUUGGUUUUUGUUCAUUUUGUAAACGUUAUCCCCGUUUUACCUGCGGAAAAUGAGGAGAAUUUCGUGUUUGUUUCCCAUUCCGCGUUUUACCUGCGGCUUUCGGAGAUAAGUUCAUUAUAUUUGCUUGUUUUCUCGUUGUUAGUAUUCGAGAGUUGUGCCUUGCAUGUAUUGCUNGGAUGUGAUUGUGAUGCCAUGGUACUCGUCGCAGUACAAGCAGCGUUCUAGCAGACGUUCGGGUUUGGUUUUUGUUCAUUUUGUAAACGUUAUCCCCGUUUUACCUGCGGAAAAUGAGGAGAAUUUCGUGUUUGUUUCCCAUUCCGCGUUUUACCUGCGGCUUUCGGAGAUAAGUUCAUUAUAUUUGCUUGUUUUCUCGUUGUUAGUAUUCGAGAGUUGUGCCUUGCAUGUAUUGCUGUAGGGCGGAUUGAGUUCCAUGGUCGGAGAUAUGUUGAAGGGGAGAUGUCAAUCGGUAUAUGUUUUGUAUUCUGUGUCUUGCAAUCCAGACGAAAUGCUGGAUGGCUUGCAUUUUCUGUUUCGGGAGUUAUCGCAGCAAGGGGGCUGUUAAGCUUUUCAUGUUUUGGGAGAUAUUGUGGCCAGGGGCUGCUCAGAAAUUGAUGUUUUCUCUUUGUUUGAGAAACGGCUUAGUUGGUGAAAGUUUCCUCUGGCGUUUUAGUAUGCGCCGGGUUUUUAUCCUUUGUCUCUUUUGCCGUAUUUGGUAUUUUGGUUUUUCUGAAUGAUAUAUUGAAGGAAGGAAUUGGCAUAUUUUGGUAAGACAUGGUUGAGGCCUAUGCGCUUCCGAAGCUUAUUUGAGAUUGGUCAAUGAGCUGAAACAUAGUUUUGUGCGAGGAUCUUGUCCGAAGUAAUAGUUGACACGUUUUUCCGGAGUUGUCCGUCCAAAGUCUUUAUGACGUGACUCUGAUGUAAUGUUGAACUUUGCGGAGUAUUUUUCUAAGGAUGAUUCUUGGUUUUUGGCUGAAUGAGAAUUUGGUGACGACAUUUUCUCGAGAGGGAUGAUUGUUAAGACUCGAGUGAAAUUCCAACAUACAUAGUAGUGGAUUAAGGAGGAAAAGUAACUUGAAAUUUGAAUAUUCAAUAGAUCGGGAAGUUGAAGUAAGUGGUGCACAUCAUGCUGAUCGUGUACGGCGUUUCAGUGGAAGAUGCGGCAGAGGAACAAAAACACUGCCGACCCGAACAAAUAUUGUAAACAUUGUGAACAUUGUAAGGAUGGCGUGCAGAUUGGAUCACUUCUCCAAACAUUUCCCUCGCAUCAUGAAGUCAGCUAAAUCCGGUGCGUCGUCUUCAAUCAAGAAAUUCUCGAAAAAAGAUUAUGCCCUUCUUCAAAGACUGAACAAGAAGGCACUACCGACGGAUUCAGCCGUUCCCGUGCUGACACUGAAAAUAUCCCGAAGUAUGCUGGUGGAAAGAAUACUACCGCGUUUUUCGACAACUUCAAAUACGGCCAAGCCAAGGAGACUGACUCACAUGGAAAAGCCACGACCCGUUCAUAGUGCGAAUAGUGCACGAGGAAGCACGCCAACAUCCAACCGUCGGUCCUCAUAUCUGUUCGAAAAGUAGCGCCGGCAAUCGAUCAUCAGCAUGCGCUCCUGACCACACAUUUUGAGCGAUGUACAUCCCGCGAUCGUGUC